CAGCCUAUCGUCUUAACGAAGAAAGAGGCAGUGAUUUCCGCAAUCGGAAUACGUCAUAUUCCAUCCCUACUUCAACGCCCCAUCCUUUGCAUCUUUUUGCGCUUCAACAGGCCGAAAAUAACUUCAUUCGAUAAUAACCUCUCCUUUUCCCAUCUUUUGCAUCCAUGCUACAAUAAAGGCUAAAGAUGUUACAGCGUACUCAUUCAAAGGCUUAUCUUGAAAGCCUUCUUCAUCCUCCACCGUCUUCCGGUGCAAUCGGUUCAAGACCAGGCGGAAUGAACCGAAGUAUGAGCAUCAAGAGCAAUUCUGGCUCAAUGGAGAUGUAUAAACCGGCACGAAGUAGUACUUUGGCUCCAAAAGCUCCUUCGAUAGGAGAUUACAAUGAAAGAGAAGGUGAAAUCAUUCAAGAAGAAGAAAACGAUAAAAGUGACGAAGAAAAAGGUGAAAGUGUUUUAUCUAUGGACGAUACAUCCAGUACCAAAACGUUAUCAGAACCUCCACGUACGCCAAACAAAGCACUCUCUGUCAGUUCAAUCGAGGAUGAUUACGAUGAUCCAUCUCGACAUUUACGCAUUUCUACAUUACAACAAGCUGCUCGUAGACUUUCAGAUGGAGGCAGUGCAUUGCAAGCUGCACAGGCUGCACAAGCAAUCCUGGCUAUCUUGGAUAACGAAGAGUUGGACGACGAAGAUAGGAUCGAACAAGUAAGGAACUUGUUGGCUGAGAAAUUGAAAGAAGUAGAAGGAAAUGAGGUACCAGCCGCACGCUUAGACAAUAUCGUCUUGUCUUUGCUGCACAGGCAUCGAGAAGAUGUAAAGCCCACGGGUGCAACGUUUCCAAUGGCUACUUCUCCUGGACCUUCUCCAUUCCCUGCUUCACCAAGAUCCAGACCUCGUCCUGCAAAUCUUCGAUCAGGCUCAAGUACGAAUCUCACUCGGCCAUGGACGCCAACCAGACCAGUCACACCAACCAAUGCUAGUCAAUUGACAAACAAUGAUUUUCUAGGUUCAUUGCCUCCGAGCCCUGUGCCCGGUUCACUCACGCUUGGUGUCACUUCAAAUCUGUCUAUCAGUCCUCGUGUGUCUCCUAAGCCAUGGCAUAGAACGGUCUCCUCAACUUUGAUCACAACGCCAACCGGCCCAUCUGCUUCAAAUUUGAAUUCUUCUGCCCGCUCAGGAUUUUCUGUUGGCGAUAGUCGACCAUCAUCUCCUGCGCCGGGAACAUUUGGUUCUCCGUCAUUGAACGUCUCUGCGCUUGAAUUCAAGCCAAGAUCUUCAGGGCUCUCUUCAUCGCUUACCAAACAGAAGCCUACGGAGCCCUGGAUGUCGGAUCAAAGUGAUGCACAAACAUACAGGAAAGCUGCUAGCUCCGCAGCGGAUGAUUCAGAUGAAGAUGAAUUUUCACCGUUCGCCGUUCCAUCUACAGGAGCAGUACCUGUACCUUCCUCUUCUUCAUCCUCAGCUUCUUCUUCACGUUUGGCGGCUGGCAGGAUUCGACCGUUCAGUGGAACUUCAGGCAAUAGUUCAGCAAUGAGCAUGACUACUGCAGAUAGCGUUAGCGGAAGUUAUCAUGGCUCAACUACCAGUGCAAGUCUUGAAUCUUCUGAUGAUCCAAAGUCGUUGCGAUUUACGGGUCUGGAAGAUGAAAUGGAUAAUUUAACAAUGACUCCAUUCGAUGUACUUUCGUCAAUCUUGAGUGGAAUCGGAUCUGCAAGUGGAGCAGCAAAUUGGACAUCAGAACAAAUCGAGGAGGCAUUAGAGAGAAAUCAUUGGGAUGUCGAUGCGACAUUGUCUAUGAUCAUGGAAGGAAAUGGACCGUAUACACUUUCCAAUCAAGGAUAUACAGAUCCCGCAAAUCGUACGAUACCCACAGGUCCCGCUUCUUCUUCACGAUCUGGUGUGUCCAUCGUUUCUCAAGAGAUUUUUGCCAGUCAAAGAGCUGGUUUGGGUGGAUCUCCAGGACCAGGAGAGGGACGUCCAUCGUUGGUACGCGCUCCCAGCUCCACCUCUAUCACACCUUCGAAUGCGUUUGGUGGUAAUGCGGCUGCUCUGCCAAUUUCAACAAGUCGAUCUGGACCGCCGGGACGAGUUUGUCGUUUCUUCUUGGCUGGUGAAUGUCGUCGUGCCGAUUGUCGAUUCUCACAUGAUUUAAAUCGAGCACUUUGUCGUUUUUGGCUUAAAGGACAAUGUUUGAAUGGGGAUGAAUGUUCAUUCUUGCACGAUAUAUCAAUGAUUGAUUCAGUUACACAGAAUCGUGGACAGGGCAGCUUUGUUGGAUCUCAAUCGCCCAAUAUGAACACUUUUGAGCCAGAUGAUACACCACCUGCAGAAGAUUUCCCUGAAUUGAACUUGGCUCCAACUGCGCCAAAAGCACAGAGGGCAAAAGCAGCAGCUGCAGCGAUCAAUGAUCCAAGUAGAACACGAUGGUCUCAUACAUUACAAAGAAAGUGGAAUUCACCAAUGGCACAAGUACAACAAGGUGAAGCGCAUCUUUCGUUGAAUGCAAAGAAUGGUGCUUUACGUGGCGUGCCAACGGGACCAAGAGCUUCUUUAUCGCCUGCUUCUUCUCCUUCACCUGCAAAGCGUGGUAUUAGCUCUGGUAGAAUUCCUUUACGUCCACCUUUGCUUUUGCCGACGUUGAAUACGGGUAGAUCAGCAGCACAAACGUAUGCAACGUAUCGUGAACAAAGUUUGGCAUUGACUGAAAGACGAAACAAGUGUUUAGCACGAGCAGCAGAAGCGUACAAAGCAGGUAAUGGAGCCGAAGCACGAAAAUGGAGUCAUGAAGGUCAAACGAUCAAUCAAAGUAUUCAAGAAGAAAGUAAAUCGUUAGCAAGGACGAUGUUACGUGGCAGACAUGAUGAAAUUCGCGCAAGACUUGCAAAUGAAAAUACGCAAACUGGUUUAGUUGAUGCCUCGACUGAUGAAAGAGGAUCGAGAGGAUUGCGUGGCAAGCCGAUGGGAGCGGAAUUAGGCAUUUGUCUUGGUGUAGUUCCAAAUCGUGGAAUUGCAGGUGUGAACGUUGCAAACCUUUCGAUGGAAGAAAGAAUGGACGUUUUGAUGGAUUGUCAUUUAUUACACGCAAGCGAAGCUAUCGAUCUUAUCGAAGAAUUUUUGAUGGGUUUAGAACAUGAACAAUUUAGAGGUUUGGCGUAUUUGGCUGUCGGUUUGGGCAAACAUACAAGUCAGGAUUCUGAUCGAAGAAGAGUUGGUUUGGCACCUGCUAUCAAAUCUUUCUUGAGCAGUUGGAAUUAUCCAUUCGCCGAUCAUGACGGCGUCUUGGUCGUUGAUCCGUUGUCACACUUGUAGAGACAAGUUGUAGAAGGGGAAGGGGCAGAGAGAGGGUUUAGAUGUCAUGCUUAGCAGCAUAGAACAUCAUUUGUAUACUAUAUCACCAUCACCUAAUUAGAUAAAGAAGUUUAAACAAUUUUAAUCACACAGUGGCAAACAAGUAGAAGUUGAGAGUAAC